AUGGUUAGAGAGGCAGAGGCCGAGGAGGCUAGAGCAGAGGCUGCUAGGCAUGCUUCGGAGGCUGCCGAGGAGGAGGCUGCGAAGCAAAAGCCGGUUUGUGAGAAGGGGAAGUCUCCGAGCUUUUUAGCUAGGAGGGAGGAGGCACUGGCCCCGGCCUUGGUGGAGGCUCUCCCUGAAGAGAUCCGAAGCGCCACUGAGAGCUUCUACAAGUUCUGGAAAGAGAGGUGGCAGCUGCACGCCUCCGCUUGCGAUGCCACUGAUCUUACAAGGGCAUUAGUGAGCCAGAGUGUCAGGACUUUUGGCCUCGCGCUUGAAUGCAGGGAGGCCCUUAGUGAAUUUCAAACAAGGACCCAGGCCUCGGAGGGGAAGAUGGCCUCCCUCGCAGAGGAGCUGAAAGCUGCAAAGGCCGAGGCUGAGGAAGCCAAGGCCCAAAAAGUUGAAGAAUCGGCGAAGCUUGAGUCUGCACUGGACCAGAUCGAGGCCUUAAGAAAGGAAGUAUACGAGCCACAGUGCGAGGUGACUGCUGAGGCCCUGGAGAAGGCAAAUCUCUCCUUGACAGGUGCUCAAGACGCUUAUAAGUAUUUGGAGGGCCAAAUAAAGUGGUACGUGGAUGACACCUCUCAUGCAAGGAAAGAGGCCCAAAUUGCAGGGGAGGAGGCGGUGAAGGAAUACAUUACCAACUUCCAUACAACUGAGGAAUAUAAGAGCUUCAGUGCAUACUGGAGGAACUUCGCCUAUGCCGAGGUGAUGGAGCGGGUGGAGGAGCUGUACCCCAACUUGGAUCUGACUCAACUCAGGUCUGAAUUUGUGGAUGAGGUUCCUCAGACCCCAGCUGAGGAGGUGCAGGGUGAUGAGGCAACUGAUGCCGAAGCCCCAACUACUGAUGCCCAAGUUGCCGAAGCGCCAAGUGCUGAGGUGCCUCCGCCAUCUAGCCAGGCUUAG